UGUGUGUGUGUGUGUGUGUGUGUGUGUGUGUGUGUUUAGCCCUGGCCCAUUUAGAGCCAGUCAACAAUGCAGCUGUGGUUAGCGGGGCCGCUUCAAAGUAUUUAUCUACACAUGCCUCCAGUGACCACCAAGUGUGGACGGCUAAGUUUAAGCUCUAUUCAUAGAUGUGAAUGAAUGAGCACCCUGCCAGAGGAAGUUUUAUCACUGUAACUGUAAACAGCAGCACAGUGAAUCAACAGGUAGGAACUCAGGCAGAUGGGGAAUGAAGGUUUCAAGAAAAGUGAACAGAGAUGAGUGUGUGAAACAAUAUCGAGCUCUUAAGUCACCGUGCUGUAAAUCAAAUGAGUGCAGAGAGGAUAGACUGCAUACGUAAGCGUUUUGACAGGAUACAGUAUCUAGAGUACAAUCUGACCUCUUUUGUCGUGCUCUUCAUUUCUCACCACAUCCCAAUCACACAUCGUAUUGUUCGAAUGAAGGUAUCAGCUUGCUCCGUGCUCAUAUCUGGUAGAGACAGACAAGAGGGAUGGACGUCAUCCCAGAAACUUUCACACUUAUCGCCAAGUGUCAAACAGAAAAAGGAAAAUAUUAUUUCAAGAAAAGCCUGUUUGAAGUCUUAUCAAGAUGAUGGGUUUCCCUAACUCACACAGUCGCAACACGAUCCUACAAGAAUUUGUGAUGGCACAUUUACAGUAAGACAAAUAUUACCCGAUAUAAUGUUUGCUCAAAAUGAGACAUGCUGUAUUUACCACUUGUUGCCUUUGGUGCACAGAUGGCACACAAACAAGCAUGCCUAGAGUAUAUUUCAAUAAAGCGAGACUUGGUUAAGAGCCUCUAUCUAUUCAAAUAUCACUGCUUUAUGAAAAUACUUUAUCUAGCGAAUGCUGCUUGUUAUCAGUGACACUGAGGUCUGGAUCACGUGUCACUUCUAAUGCACUCUUUAAAUCAAUGUUUUACAUUUAUGAACAGUUUCAUUAUUUGCUUUAAAACACCCCCAUCACCUUCCUGUUGGCACUUCCUCCUCAGGAGAAUCCCUGUUGCAAAAUCAAGUGCAACUUCAUCCCUGUGAUAACUAAAAUAUUUAUGAUGCUGGCUCUUCGUUUGCUGAGGGAUUGAGAAACCAACUAUGUGGAUUUGCUUUGUAAAAAUUACUGAGACCAGUGAUCAUCCAAAAGCAACAGGAAAUCAAAGAGAACAUGUUCAAACGAAUCACUGUAAAACAUUCUGCAGGUAUUUUCAGAUUUCUCAAAGACUCAUCUGUCCAUGUGACAAAAAAUACUCAAUCAGCUGCACAAUAAGAACUUUUAUUUUUCAUCCAAACCGAGAUGGUACCUUUUGACAAAUGUCCUUGUUAAUUAGUUAGGCUUUAUUUAUUCAGGAAGCCUCAUAGACAGACCGGAGAACAAAUUUUAUAACAUGAACGUUCUUUUCCUGACGGACUAAAGAGUCUCAAAGGAUUUUCAAAAUACCUUCAAAACUGUUCUAAGUGUUAAUGACGAGAGGCACAACACCAAAGACAAGACUGUUAGUAAAACAAUACAAGUGAGGAUUAAUGGAGGCUUUGAGAGCAAAACGUGGGUCCCAAAGAAUGAUGUAUUUUUCAGUUUGACCUUAUUUCACAGUUCACUGUUAUUUCCUUCCGUCUAGAUAAGCAACAGAGUCAGAGAGAGGAGCAUGGUUCAUCACAGAGAAGAGGACCUGAUCGGGAUCCCCUUCCCAAAUCACAGCAGUGAUGUCCUCUGCAGCCUCAACGAGCAGCGUCGUGAAGGGCUGCUUUGUGAUGUCAUCCUCAUCGUCCGCGACCAGGAGUACCGCACCCACCGUUCCGUUCUGGCCGCCUGCAGCCAGUACUUCAAGAAACUCUUCACAGUGGCCAACGCUGACGGCGGGGAUCACCAUCACACGGCGGCCGUGUACGAAAUUGACUUUGUGGCUGCGGACUCUCUCACAGCCAUCCUGGAGUUUGCCUACACCUCCACUCUGACCGUGACGGCGUCCAACGUUAAAGAGAUCCUGAACGCAGCUCAGAUGCUGGAGAUUCCCUGCAUCAUCAACGUUUGCCUGGAGAUCAUGGACAGCGGGGGUGGAGGCGGCGGAGGCGGCGGAGGGAGAGGGGAGGAGGGAGAAGAGGAAGAGGAGGAAGAUGAGGAGGAGGAAGAAGAGGAGGAUGAAGAGGAGGAUGAGGGGUCGAGGAAGGACGAGCAGGAGGAUGAGGAGGACAAUGUCAGCGAGAGGUCUCUGCAGUCCUCGGAGAGCAGGGGGGGGCAGACGACUCCGGGGACGGAGGACUCGCCGCCUCCCAGCACCUCCACCUACCAGCAGCAGUUUGACCUGCUCCGAGAGUCCUCGCAGUCACAGUCUCCAGACACCGGGAGAGGAAAACAGGAGAGUGUGGAGAGUCGGGCUUUGAAGGAUUUCUCUAUCGAGUCUCUCCUGCAGGAGGGUCUCUACCCCCGUAUGUCAACACUGGACAGGAGGGCCAACUUCUCUCCUCUCCUCCCAGGCUUCUACCCCUCCAUGUGGGCCGCCGAGUUCCCAUCCUUCCCCAAGCAGCUCCUGGACCCCAGCCACCACCAGCAUCCCCACACAGGAGCCUCACAGCAAAGCAGGCUCCCCCACGCCUUCCCCAAAUCUGCAUCGCUCGAGGCCUCCAGGCCCCUCGAUCUAGCUGUGAAAAGAGAAAUCAUAAAGGAGGAGAUGAAAGAGGAAAUCCCGCUCAGUCUGCUCCACGGCAACUUCCUGAAGGAGUUUGUCAGCUCGGGCUUAGGCAGCACCAUGAACGCUGGGUCAGUGCCGUCAGAAGGUCACGCUCUGGGCCCGUUAAAGGAUGAAGCCGACUUCCGGUCGUACCUGAGCUUCCUGAGUUCCGCGUCCCACCUGGGGGGGCUGUUCCCUCCCUGGCAGCUGGAGGAGGAGAGGAAGAUGAAGCCCAAAGCGUCGCAGCAGUGUCCAAUCUGCAACAAGGUCAUCCAAGGAGCAGGGAAACUGCCACGACACAUGAGGACACAUACCGGGGAGAAACCGUACAUGUGCACUAUCUGUGAAGUACGAUUCACCAGACAAGACAAACUCAAGAUCCACAUGAGGAAGCACACAGGUGAGCGCCCCUACAUCUGCCUCCACUGCAACUCCAAGUUUGUCCACAACUACGACCUAAAGAACCACCUGCGUAUCCACACGGGCGUCCGUCCGUACCAAUGUGAGCACUGCUACAAAAGUUUCACACGGUCCGACCACCUACAUCGACACAUCAAGAGGCAGAGCUGCCGCAUCUCCCGCCCCCGACGAGGACGAAAGCCAGCUGCUUGGCGGUCCACACCCACCAGCAACUUCCUGUGCCCCCCCACUGCUGCCACCAACCGGUUUGAGGAGAACGGGUUGAGCCCUGCAUACCAGGGAGUCAAGAGUCACGGACUUGGGGGAAUGCUCGGCAACAGGGGUCUGGGAUUUAAGAGCGGGGACGGCGCGGGCAGGGAGAGCAGGGAGGAACGGCGAGCAGAGGGGAAGCAUGUCGCACAGGAGGAGAAGGCAGGAGCGGGGAGGCAGAGGGGAGUGUUUGCCUUCGCUCUGGCUGGAGAAGAAGUGCUUACCCACUCUCCGUUUUACGCUGCGACCUCUGAACCCUGGACCAUGAGACUGGAGCGUGCUCCACCCAUCCCUGAGCCGGCCAAAUGAACUGUGGUCUGUAGAAGAAAAAAAAAAGACAAGAAAGAAAGUCUCUUUAAUCUCUGCGUCUGUUCUGCUUCAGGAAGCUAAAGCACCUUUUUAAAAAAGUGAAAGUGAGAUCAACGAACUUUUUGAAGCCUGCCGAUGUGGCAGUAGUAAAACAGACUUGUUUUUUUUUUUUUUUGGAAAACGCAGCCUAAUUAAAUAAUUUCACAGAUGUCAUGUUGAAUAAUUGUUUACAAAUAUUUUGAUAGCAUUUAAGAGGAGGCAAACAGUUUGACACUGCUAACAAGGAAAACAUAUCGGAAUGCUGUUCUAUAUAUUAUUUGCAUUAUUUAUCUACAGGGUUGUCUAAAAUACUAUUAACUCAAAGACUACAUAAUUCUAUGUCCUCUGAAUUGAAGCAAGAUGAGAUGAGGCUUUUAUGAAAAGUAUUCAUAUGCAAGAAAAUAUAAAUCUAUAAAUCAGCGCAGGACCUAUUGCAGUUGGUAAAAUGUUGAAUUAGUGACUAUAAUAAAUGUAAAACAAAUUACAUGUACAAAAUAAUAAAAAUAAAUGUAUUGUAGAAAACGGUUAUUAUAACAUUUCAGUGGAGUAGACAUAAAUUAUUACAAUACAAUUUAACAAAAUGCAUGAAUAACCUUCAUCCAAACAAAUUACAGUGAGUUUUAUUUUGGAUGGUUGUGUUUAAGUGUUAAAAAAGGACCAGUGCUUUCAAAAAACCCACUAAAAAUGGUUUUUCACAGGAGGGCGUUGUCUGGCACAUGUCCUGUACGUAUGUUUGAUCCUAACAUGGUUAUUUAAUGGUAUUCCAAAACAAGGGGAACCCACUUGAAGUCUGAUAAAUCAGGACAUUUAAUAAUGGGUUGUAAUCCUUUCACUGCCUUGUUCUGAUUUAAGAUCCUCGUCUGCACUAUUGUACAUAGACAAAAAACGUUUUGGCCAUGGUGGUGUUAAAUACGGUUGCGUUGCUGAUGAUGAAAAAUAUAUAUAUAUAUUGAUCUUAAAAAGGCAUCUAUCCAAAGAUGUGUACUUCGAUAUGUCACAGACUUGAAUACAACUUUGUUCUAAUGUUUAUUGUGUCUUCACAUGAUGUACAUUUCUAAGUAAUCAACUGCCGCUUUAGCUACAGUAUGCUUGUGUUUUCUCUGCUGCAACAAAUCAAGAGGGUUUUAGCCCUCUUAGUUUAGUUUUUCAUAUGUUUAUCUUUGAUUUGUGUAUAAAGAAGUUCAAAAAUGAUUUGAAUUGAAAUGGGAAAAUAUUUUCUUGCUAUUUAUGCAUAUUUAAAUGAAUGAGCCUUGGCUAUAUUUUGCAAAUCUGUUUUAUAAAGACACUAAAU